AUGUCGAUAUCCAUCGCACCAAUUUGCCGCCUUCCACCGCUCGCCGCUCGUCAGAGCGAUGCGUGCACACAGCACAGACGGCACUUGCGUUCCGCUCGUGUAGCAACCUCUCGUCACGUUUCCUGCUCUGCGUCGCUUUUUCGUUUCGGAAAUUCCGCCGGCGGUGCUGCCUCGCUGAACGGACUCCGUCAACGGGACGGCCAUCCAGCCGUCCAACGGGAUGACGUCAUUGGUCAAGCAUCGAGUAGCGGCAACGUUCUCACACUAGAAGAGGCCAAAGCGAGCGACGUUAAAACCAGCGCCAUUGAUACUAGUACGCACCCCGCGAAACCCACGGCAGGCGUGGCGACGGUUCGAGAGGCAGCAGCACAGGAGUUGCAGGGGGCCAAGGAGGGUGUGGACGAAGGAGAGAGUGUUCGAACUUUUUCGCGAAAGGGGGAGGGCGAAGAAGAAACGUCUUGCUGGGAGGCGGGCGGCAAUCUCAACUUCGGAAUAGCAGCGGCGCGCCUGGGGCUGCGCUGCACGGCGUUCGGCCACGUGGCGGGCGACGCGUUUGGCGCGUUCCUCGCGCGCAUCAUGGCGGACGAGCGCGUCGCGCUGCUGCCCCUCGCGGACCACGUGGACGGGCCGCUGGGGGAUGGGCCGUGGGAGGGCGCGGAGGGGGAGAAAGAGAGGGAGGGGGAAGGGGAUGUGGUGGAGAGGAGUGAGGGGCGGUAUGACGGGGAAACGCUGGCGUGCUGGGUGUUUUUGGAUAAGAAUGGGCGCCAUGCCUUCGCCAGUCGCUUUGACUUCAACAAGAACCCAGCGUUCAGUCGUGUACAGGCCAUCCCCCCCGCUUUCCAGCACCUCAUCUCCCGCUCCCGCGCGCUCUUUAUAAAUGGCUUCGCAUUUGACGAGUUCCCGCCCUCCGCCAUCCAGUCCGCCGCCCAGUACGCGCAACGGGCAGGCGUGCUUGUCUUUUUCGACCCGGGCCCUCGCACUGGCUCGCUCUUCCGCCGUUGUCUUGGAUCCCCAUUCCAUUCUCCCCAUUCCAACUCUCCUUUUCCAACCUUCCCUCUCAAUUCCUCCUCUCUAACCCCCUCCCCCAUCACUCGUUCUUCCCCCACGGGCGUGACUCAGGCGGAGGUGGUGACACAGGAGCAGGACCCCAACGCGUCAGCCAUGCAGCUGCUAGAGCUCAAGGCCAGGGCCAGAGCUGCUGCCAGCACUGCCGCUGGGGGCUCUGGGCUGAAUGCAGACCCAGAGGACCGAGAGGAGGAAGGUGCAGUGGACGGCCGGGCAUGGAAGCAUCACCACCAACAACAGCACCACCACCAGCAGCAGCAGCAGCAGCAGCAACAGCAGGGGGAGGGAGAGGAGGAAGGAGAGGAAGAGGAGGAGCGGCCGCAGUGGGUCGCGGUGAAGAAGGGGCCGAACGGGUGUGUGCUGGCCACUGCAGCACAAGGCGUGUUCAGCCUCCCUGGCUUCAAGGUAGACGUAGCGGACACAGUGGGGUGUGGGGACAGCUUUGCAGCAGCGGUGGCCAUGGGGCUUCUCAGCGACGAAGGGCCCUCCACCACACUCGCACUCGCCAAUGCCGUCGGUGCUGCCACCGCCAUGGGCAGCGGGGCAGGCCGAAAUGUUGCCCGGGCUGCCCGAGUGGCGGAGAUUCUUCUCGGGUUGCAGGCCAAGGAGGAGGGAUGGCACGGGGCGGAGGAGGACUGGGAUGCUGACGUGUGGCUGGAGGACAAGGGCAAGAGGUUCCGAGUGGGACACGUGGCAGUGCAUGGUGCGUCCACGUGUCCAUCUGGCACUCCCCUGCUGCAGGCGGUGCGCGAUGCCGAGAGCCUCCUGCACCGCUCACUGCUGCAUGCACAGGUGGAGGGCAGAAGCAUGGAUGGCGAGGGAGAGGAGAGCGGGCAGGACUGA